AUCAAUUCAAGGUUAUUGUGAUCGUGGUACUAAGGUGAUGUUGUCCAUUCAGCGUUGAAACCUAGGGGUCCCCUGAGGCGCUAUCCGACACUGCCGGCCCUCAGCCACGUAAGUCGCAUGUUGGUGGCCCCAAGACUUGUACACGCCUCUCCACGUCAUCGCGUCCAACCAUGAAUGCAUAACACGAACUAUUCCAAGACUCACUCACCACUUCAUCGCUAUUUCCAGUUUAGAUCAUACGAAGGCAUCACUCUUAAAUUAUCUAUAUCAAUCCGUUUGUGCCUGGAUUCUCUUACUACGACCCAUCACAGCUCCCAAAAUAUCCUACAGCAUGGCGGACCAGAAUCAGAACUACUAUCCUCCACCUCCCACUCACCCUACUCAACAACAAGCUCUACACCAGAACCAGGCUUACACUCAACCUCCAGCUAUUUCGCUACAGCCAGCUGAUAUGUCCCAAUCCUUACAGCCAGCUGAUAUGUCCCAAUCCUCACAGCCAUAUGCGACUGGAGCACCUACGCAAAAUUACGAACCAGCUGCGCCACCUCUACCAGAAAGACACAACGACCAUUUUGCUCAGUCCCAGAACGUCCAGCAAACUCAACAACCCGCCUACAGCCCAGCCCACUAUGCCAACCAGCAAUCAUUUCAGCCUGGCCAGCAAUUUCAACCACCGCCGCAACGCAUUAAGCAGACAUUCCCAACCGAGGAUGACCCGUCAAAUCCCAUCCACUACAUCCGAGAUCCUCACAAACUUAUAGGCUAUCUUGUGCCAUUCCCCAAACCAGUACUCGGAAAUGUCAAACCCGAAGACGUGCCGGCGCGCUUUAUGAUCUACACGCCUCCACCUCCACCACUCCAAAAGCCAGCCGAAGGUGUCAAGGAGGACAAAUUGCACAAGGUCCAGCGCAAAUGGCAGGAAGAGGUCCGCUCCGCAAAGACCAGCACAGCGAAGACCGCUUCCUGGAAAGGCCUCAAAUCCAAAGCAACCAAGGGCAUUGACUGGGCUAUGAAUAAGACGACCUCGUCCAACCUGGACUUCCUCGGCCGAGUGUCUCCCGGGGUAUCCGAUGACGAGCAUGAAGGCGACGAGACGCACAAAACCGUCGGUGUCAAUGAGAUGAUCCUGGUCUAUCCUCCAACUAUGCAACUCAAUGACCAGCAAAUGCGCCAAGAAUUUGUCAACACUAUGCUGCGGACAAAGUCAAAAGCGCAGCGCGACACUAUUAUCGCUACAGGUCUGAUGCCGGUUAGUUUUGGCAUUGAUAUCCUCGCAACCUUCAUCUGGCCAUUUGGCGGUCUUGGGGAGAUCGACACUGUCUGGGCAUACUCCAGUUUCCGCGGCGCCAAAACUGCUCGUAGUGUUACCAAGCGGUUGUCGAGCAGCCAAUCGGGUGGUCAUGAGGACGAACAGCUGAAGCUCACAUUUGCACACAGCCAGCGCAUCGAGCUCUUGAGGCGAUAUCUGGAGGCCGAGUGCCACAAAGUUGACAGCAAGCUGUUCCCCACGUAUGCGACCAGUCCCACUGAGAGUGAUGUGCUGGAAGCGAUUGGGUGGACACCUAGCGACCGGAGGAGAAAGAGCGAGACGGAGCUCGAGGACAAGAAUUGGGAGGACGAGCAGUGGCAGGAGACGGAGGUUAAACAGGAUCUGAAGAAUGUCUUUGUGAAGGCGGCCAAGGAGUGGAAGAAGUGGUGUCUUUUGCUGGAGAAGGAUCCCGAGAAGGCGAUGAAGAAGUGAGCUUGGAUUGUACUUUGCUGCUAGCUUUAUCUGGAGCGGUUGCACAGCGAUACGGUCCUAUGGACGGCAGGCAUUAUAUGAGCAGCUGGGCACGGGCUUGCUGACAGCAUUGAUGAUCAAGGACUGCUAGCUUUCUUAUACAUGUUUUUCUGUGCCAAAUCACUCAAUUACGUUGAUGU